CGUCAAACAAAUUCGGUCAUUAGCAUUAGCUGUCAGUUUGUGUUGAUGUAGCUCUCAUUUGUAUUCUUUGUACCAAAUUAUGAGGAUAUAUUUUUCCCAGUUGUUGGUAUAGUCUUGUUAAAACGUGAGAAAACUAGUGAAAAUGACACCUAUAAUGAUGGAUUACGAUUUCAAGAUGCGGACUCAGGUCGAACGGACCAAAGUAGAGGAUCUAUUUGAGUUCGAAGGCUGUAAAGUUGGUCGUGGCACAUAUGGACAUGUGUACAAAGCGCACAGAAAAGAAGAAAAUGACAAAAAAGACUAUGCAUUGAAACAAAUUGAAGGGACUGGGCUUUCGAUGUCAGCAUGCCGUGAAAUCGCGCUGCUACGUGAACUUAAACAUCCGAAUGUGAUUAACUUAAUACGCGUAUUUCUAUCGCACACCGACCGAAAAGUGUGGUUACUAUUUGACUAUGCCGAACAUGAUCUUUGGCACAUAAUAAAAUUUCAUCGAGCAGCGAAGGCAAACAAGAAACCGGUUAUGGUUCCAAAAGCAAUGGUUAAGAGUUUAUUAUUCCAGAUUCUGGAUGGAAUUCAUUAUCUUCACAGCAAUUGGGUACUCCACAGAGAUUUGAAACCGGCGAAUAUUCUUGUGAUGGGUGAGGGUGCUGAAAGAGGACGAGUGAAAAUUGCCGAUAUGGGGUUUGCGCGUUUAUUUAACGCUCCGCUGAAACCAUUGGCAGAUUUGGAUCCAGUUGUAGUUACAUUUUGGUACCGGGCACCCGAACUGUUAUUGGGAGCACGUCACUACACAAAAGCCAUUGACAUAUGGGCCAUUGGGUGUAUUUUUGCUGAGCUUCUAACAUCCGAACCGAUUUUCCACUGUCGUCAAGAAGAUAUUAAAACAAGCAAUCCGUACCAUCAUGAUCAGCUUGACCGAAUUUUCAAUGUCAUGGGUUUUCCACAAGACAAAGACUGGGAAGAUAUUCGUAAAAUGCCUGAGCAUCAUACUCUGACAAAAGACUUCAAGCGUAACAACUAUGCGCAGUGUUCUUUGGUUAAAUACAUGGAAAGACAUAAGAUUAAGCCGGACAGUAAAUCAUUCCACCUGCUGCAGAGACUCUUGCUAAUGGAUCCCAACAAGCGCAUCACAUCGGAACAGGCAAUGCAAGACCCUUACUUUACGGAGGACCCACUCCCAACGUCCGAUGUGUUUGCUGGCUAUGCCAUUCCAUAUCCGAAACGAGAGUUUUUGACUGAAGAUGACCAAGAGGACAAUAAGUCGGAUAAGAGACAAAACCAACAAAACCAUCAGACACACCAGCAACAGCACAAUCAAGCAGCUGUUCAACAACAAACAAAUGUUCAACAACCACAACAAACAACGCAGCAGCAACAACAACAGCAACAACAGCAGCAGCAACAGCAUAUGAUUCAACAGCAAAUACAACAGCAGAUACAACAACAGCAACAGCAUCAGCAACACCAACACCAAACUCAUGGGUCACAUCAACCAAACCAGCUGGUUCAACAUCAAAUGCAACAUGUUCCUCACCAUCAUCCACAACAAAUGAUGAACACACAUCAUGACAAUCCGGCCAAAAGAAUGCGAAUGCAACACCAACAACAUCCACAACAGCCUCAUCCUCAAAUGUAUGGCAAUCAACAGCAACAAUCUCAAUCGAAUUUUCAACAAAGAUUUUAAGUUUUAAUGAUAUUAAGCUAAGAUCAAACGGCUGGUAGACUGUUUCUUCUCAACUUGCUCUAAGUUGUCAUUCAGUAUGCAAUGCAAGUCUUGAAUUUUCAAAUAAAUAAAUACGAUUUUUUGAGGAA